AAAUCUGGAAAAGAAACAUUACAUGAAAAGAGAGAACGCCGCCCCUAGAGCUGUCCACUGACUCCCAGCCAACACGCUUGCAAUCAGGGAAGUCUCCUCUCCUGCUCUCACCUCCUCUCCCGGGACCCACGCCUCGCUCUCCUGAGAAAGUGGGACUCCCCCCUCUCCGUUUCUGCUCCCUCCCACUGCAGCUUUAACUGCAGCUGCAGCGGAGCUGGAGGACACAGUCGUGCGCUGGAUUGUAAAGGAGGAAGAGAGCGCAAGCCAUUCCUGAAGCCAUUCCUGAAGCCAUGGACGUCAAGCUGCUGGCGCUGAUGACUCUGCUGGCCGUGGUCAUGCAGGUUCCCACUGCAAACGCCAAGCCCAUCAGUCUGGUGGAGCGCUGCUGGUGUCGCACCACGCUCAACACCGUCUCUCAGCGCUCCAUCAAGGAGCUCAAGUUUCUCCACACCCCCAACUGCCCCUUCCAAGUCAUUGCUAAACUGAAGAACAACAGGGAGGUUUGCAUCAACCCUGAGACCAAGUGGUUGCAAGGAUACCUGAAGAACGCCAUCAACAAGGUGAAAAAAUCCAAGAGACGCAACACCAAGAAAGUCUAAGCUGCAGAGAAAGGGGCAUGGAGCGCAUCGCCUCCGAGUCUGAACCCCCCCAGGUCAAACCUCCGUACCUCCCUGACACUGCUUUGGAUGUAUGCAAACACGCUGUACGCUACCUACCAGUCCACCCACCUCUGUGGACCGCUUGCAGAAGCAGCACUUCACCUCCAAACCUGCACUGACCACACCGCCGUCUCUCCUCCCGGCCCCCAAACCCAACUGGGCGAGGAGUCGUCUUCUGAAAUCCACACAAGCUCCAGAUGCAGUGAUGAAGCAGCAGGAUGCAAACAGAAAGUGUGUUGUUUUUUUUAGUCUCUGAACGUGGAUGAAUUGAACUAACUCUGCUUCUGUGACUGUAAAUAGUCAGGGUUUUUAUUUAGUUUUUUUACACCUCUGUAAAGAGAAACCUCAAGUUUUCCAACUCACACAAAAGCUUUGUGACUUCAUAACCUCUUCAACACUAACAACGUCUCAAAGAGGACGCUCACGCACCGACGCAUCAGUUGCGCUUUGGUGAAAUGAAGAAGUGCUUUUAAUUUGCGAACACCAAAGGGAACUCAUGCGAGGCAAACGUGUCUCCCUUUUCUACUAAAAUACACCACGUUCUCAACAAAGAUUCCCAGGUUUCCAUCUCCUCCCACACUUCUUCUUCUUCUGUCACAAAAAUCACCUGCAUGUUCUCCAUCACCUUGUCCUAUAAAUUUCCCCUCUGGCCUCCCAUCUUCUCCUCCUCCUCCUUCGACACAGAAUAUGGGUUUUCCAGACACGACGGCUGAACUCUAGCGGCCGCUGAUGGUCAGAGGCGAGCUGGGCGUCCAUGUUUGAUGGAGCCUCGCUUCGUUUCGAGGAAUCCUCCUCCACUGUGUUGACACCAGCCUCAUGGUGCUGCUGUAUGUUCACAAAGAGGAGUCAGAGCCAUUUAUACGACUGUGUAUCACUUUUUUUUAUGUAAGAGGGAGCAUCUACUAACAACUGGGAGAUAAGAUAAAGUCUUAAGCAUUUACUGACAACGGGUCUUUUGCCAGACGAAGUUGAAGCCAUGCAAGGGAAAGAAAGUAUUUUAGUUAAAACUAUUUAGCAACAGAAAACACGCCCACCUCAAAAAUCAUGGAUUCCUCUAUGAUCUUAGGUUUAGGGGGGGGUUUAGUGAAAAGAGUUGAGAGAGCCCCAUCCACCUCUAUUGGCACUUUUGCUGAAGAUGUGCAAAAAGUCCUAAAAGGCAUCAAUUACAUGUUGCUGUAACAUAAUCCCACACUGACUAAUUUGCAGCAGUUGAAUAAAGGUUAAUUGUUGGCAGGAUAAACUAGAUCCAACCGUUUUUAUUGCUCUGGCUGAACAAUUAGGCGGAUUUGAAUAAGUCGCUGUAUUUUGCUGCCUGACGUUAAUGGCACGAGUCUUUUCGACCUUGAAAUGUGGCUGAUCUGACCUCUGUCACGUUCAGUAAAACGUCAUGAUGAAAAUCUCUGAUGUUUCAGGAAAAACGGAAAAAAGUCGGAUAAAAGUAAUAAAAAGACUUCGGUUGCGUUUGUGUUUUGACAACUGUUUGUGGGAUGUUGUUGUUGCAGUACAAUUUAAAAAAAUCUAUUUUCUUUUAAGGCUUUUUGCACGUUUUGGAGUGUGUGGGUGCUCUACGAUCACAAGUUUAGUGUUUUAUACCAACACCAUUCCUUUUUUUUAGGAAUAAAAAGCUAAUAAAUUGUCAAAAUUAGUGGGGUCAUGAAUGUCACAGAGGGAAUGUUAGGGUUGGCGAAAGGGAAGUUUUUGUUUGUCCACUUUUCUUUUUUUUUACAUAUAUAUAUUUGAGCCACUUUAUUAUCAGAUGUGUCCUUUAGUGUAUUUUUAUUCUUUUUAUAUGUGGAAUCUUACUAAUUGUUUUUUUUAUCAUAAGUAGGUAAGAGCUACUAAAUGAAGGUGGAUUUUUCAGUAUUAAACUUCUUUACCACAAAUAAAAAAGCAUGUAAUUCUGUAUGCAAAGAAAUACAAAACCAUCACUGUUUGACUGCUAAAUGUAUUUUUUGUUUUUGUCUCUCUUGGUGUUUCUUUACCAGCCAAAAUGAGAUACUAACAUGUCAGAGCUGCUACAGCUGACAUAUUUUUCUUUAAAGAAAGCUUUUGAAAUUGCCUUUGAGCGCAUAGCUUUUCCCGAGCUCAGGUCAAACCAACUGAACAAUUUUAUUAUUUUUUCUUUUUUAUCGUUUUACUUCAGUCGAUGUUUCAGCAGCCAAUGAGCCGAGACAGAACCAAAGCUCAGCUUAGAUCAGAGCGACCGGCAUGUGCUUUCAAUCUGCCAGCACCCAAAAGCCUUUCCUCAGUCUUACUCAAAUCUGUUAAUUCAGAACCAGGUGGUUGUGAUCAUCGUUUUUAUGCUCAUGUGUUUCAUUUUGCGCUGGUUUGUUUUCUUCKGUUGCUAUCUGUGGUUUUUCUUUCCAGUUGGGAGCAAACGGUGCAAUAAUCUUGUAAUUAAUCUCUCAGAACUGAACACCCAAUAAUCCUGUGUGGUUAAAGUAAAUUAUAUGAACACAUUGCUCAGAAAACAAAGUGUUUCAAUAAGGUUUUUUAUUAUUAUUUGUUGUUCAUUACCAAACUACUCCAACCAUUGAAACUGGUAAAGAAAAAUAACAUUUUGUAACUUCUGACAUUUUCUCAUGUUCAAUCACUAGAUUAUGCUGGGUUGCCAGCACUGAAACUAUGAAUUUACGGAAAUCAAACACGGUGAUAAUGAGUUUCAGCAAAAUGUCUCUGUAAGAAAAUGUAAUCAGAUCGACAAAAAGCCAUUUUAAACUCUGUUUUUUCUCUUUCUUUUACCUUUAAUGUUUUUAUAAUGUCUUUUAAGUUGACACUCAACUUAACUCUUGUUCUCUACUGUUGUAUUUUUAAAUGAAUCAAAAUGAGUUUUACUUCGGAGCCCACGACAAUGUGAAAAUGUUUUUCUCCUGGCAGCUUCUGACUUAUUCCUUUGUAAURGUUUAGAAGAUUACUUCCUGUUUUCCACAGCUUGUAAGCCAAGAGGUUGUAUUUUUUUAUUUUUGUUGUUUUUAUUUUUAUAUCUACGCCCAUUUUUCAAUAAAGCAUAAUAAGAUUU